CUGGGAACCCAGAACGUGUCGCGUUUUUCAACCAUUGGUCAGUACGUUUUGUGUGCUUAAAGUGUCUGUAUAUUGCCUGUGAAUUCCGUUGAUAUAAUCAACCGUCCAAGAGUCCGAGUUACGUACAGUUGGAGAACGCGCAUCACCUCCGUCGUCAUCGCUGUAACUGCGGUACCACAAUGCGGAUGAUGUGGUUCAUGGCCUUUGCGUGCGUCUUGCUGUCCAUGCGGGGCGCGCACUCCAACGUCGGGCUGACGAGCACGUCGUUCAGCAACGAGCUGCGCACCGGUUUCGCCAGGCUGUUCCAGAACGGCGUCGAACAGCCGCUGCAGCAGCAGUCCCCGUUCGUGCUGCUCAGCCCCACCGACUUCCAGUCCGUCACCGGCCAGCUGGCCCAGCGACCGGCGCCGUUCAGCCCGCUGGCGGCCACGGGAUACCAGGCGCCGCGCCCUAGGUACGAGUUGCAACAUCUGUCGUGGAUGAUUCCUUAUUAUUAUGUCCCUACCAGGUUCGUGCCGCCGAGGGGUGGCAAGCGGCCCAACGACGUGCUAGUGAUCGUCGUCAAGACCAGAUCGAAUUGCACGGCCAACGGGACGAUGCCGGCGGACGGCGGCAGUGGCGGAGACGACGACGACGACGUCGACGACGACGGACCGAAUCCGGACGACGACGUCGAAGAAGUGAGCAUCGUUACCGGCGGCACGGAAAAGGGCAAGGAACCGUCCCGGUGCGUGUGGGCCAUUCUGUCGUGCUGCGCCCCGGCCAACACGCCCAUCCGGUAUACGUGUUUCGACGUGUUGGGCUGCAGCACGGCGUUCUGGGACACCAACCCGUGCGUACCGGCCAUCAUACAGACCGCUUUGAACCAGGCCACCCAGUACUACGGUACGGCCACGUCCACCAACCGCACCGCCACGCCCGCGCCCACGCCACCGGCCACCCCGGCGGCGGCCUCCACCGAUAACAUAGUCUCUCUGAUGACUGGUUCGUCCACCGCUGCGGCCGCCGCUUCGUCGGUGGACCAGACCACGCCGGCAGCAGCUACCACCGCUUAGUCGUUGCCUGCAGCCGCUUCCACGUUUCGCCGGUCGUCCGACAAACCAAUCGACGCGGACGACCAUAAUAAUAUUAUAAUAUUUUACAAUCAUUACAUUAUGCGCAUUACGUGUUGUACGAAACCGAAGAACAGAAAUCGUCGGCAACUCGUCCAACCCGCGAUCGAACCGAUACAUUUCGAUACGAUGAUAAUAUAUUAUAUUUAAGAUUACCUGUUAAGUGUGAUUUGUCUUGCACUUAUAAUAUUAUUGUAAAAAACGUAAAUAUUCAGACACCGACAAGAGUAUACAUCCAAUGCCGGAUCUAGGACGUUAUUGACCGGACGUAUAAAAAAAAUUAUUUUCUCAUUUUAUGGGCAUCCAUGGGUUUUUUAUUACCCAAAAUUUCGGUUUUUUUUAAAUAACUCAACGUAGAUACUUUAUUGUUCACGCAAACGGAAUGUCUUGUAAUUAAAAAUAUGAACACAAACGGAAUUUAAAAGUUUUUACGGUAUUUAAUAUAAAUAAAAAAUAAUAAUGCGCGUACAGAAAUAUUUUAAAAACUUAUUUCGUUAGCCUUCUUCUUUGCAGCGAAAUCGUUUGUAGCAUCAUCAUAAUUGAUUCUUCGUUCAUUUUUAAUUUUUUUUUUUUCAUAAUAUCUUGUUCUCUUGUAUAAAAUAAUAUUAUUUUAAACUUGAUGCAUAGCAGGUACAACAUUAAUAUACAACCGGAUUGUAACUAUUAAAUCAUGAACGGUUAAUAUUUUGUAUACGCCUUAUAGUUUUUCGUUUGGUACAUUAUGGUUUUCUUUCAUUUUUUAAAUUACACGCGUUGAGGUAGUUGGCCCUGUCCGAGACAAGGAAUCCUCUCCCCCGUAGAUCCGGCACUCGUUUUAUUAAAUACUGUAGCAUUGUGUAUAAUAUAAAUAAAUAUUAUGUCUGUCUCAUAGUUUUUCGUGGAUAAAUUUCGUUUUCAAAUAUGAUAUAUUGGAUAUAAUAAAAUACAAUAUUAUUUUU